AUGAAAUAUUUGUUAAUUCCUGCUACCAUAUAUUUUUUAGUCACAGGAUGGUACUUGUUUAUCGAAGCUAAAUUGCCAUAUUACCCUUUUUAGCAUCUGCUUGAAUUCACUCCGAAUGUAUAAUAAAUAAAUCUAUUACCUAAGCAUGCUAUUUAGGCAUUAUUCGCAGUUGCAUUAGGAUUAUGUAUUGUUAUUGACAACCAAAAACUGCUUAUGGCAUUUCUAUUUAUAGGUGUAGCUGAUCUCUCAUUGAUUGUCAGACAAUGUUUUAAAUUGGAAAUGCAGGAACUUAGUGAAGCAUUAUAGCAGUAUUGAUACAUCCUAAAUAUUUGAAAGUGUUGGAUACAAGACAGUGAUGAUGGGAAUCAUAAUAGAAGCUAUGCGCAAAUAGAUUAUUUAUGAGGAGCCAGAGAAAAAGAAGAAGAAGAAGAAGAAGGUGAAGAAGAUGGUUGAAGUAGAAGUGGAAGAGGAAGUCGAUGAUGAAGACGAUAAAGCAGUUGAAACCAAAAAACUUAAUCCCCAAUAACAAGAAGAACCUGUGGCUGCUCCUUCAAAAAAAAAAGAAAAAAAAGGCAAGAAAUGAUUUAUAUUAAAAUGCAAAAUAUGUGUG